CCUUUAGCCAGCUGCGUGGAUAACAGACGUGAAUUGACAGCUGCUUUGUAGUCUGGACCUUGUAUUGAGCUGCACACCGAGCAUCUGUGUUAAGAUACAUUCAAAGCAAAACGCGAGGAAAUAACGAGUGUGGUGUAAAUUAUUAUACUUGUCUAGGCUGUGUAAUUAAUACAGUGACUCUCACUGAGCAGUCCCUAUUCAUUUAUUAAUAGACAUCCCUAUAUACUCAGAGCUCCUCUGUUAGGAUGAAGACCAAGUUCACUUGCGGAGAUGAGUUGCCCAGCUCCCUGGAUCUGCUCAUUACCUCUGCCGGGGGGUUAGUGACCGCACAGCGGGUGGAGGCCGAAGGUGAAAGCCGUGAGAAGGAGGAGAGCUGCAGGGAGGAUGAGCCAGACAGCCGCACUAGGCGCAAGGCUUACCGCUGGUGUAAGGAGUUCCUUUCCGGGGCCUGGAAACACCUGGACGAGGAUCGCUUCCACAUCUCUAUAAUACGGUCAGUGCUGGGGACCAUAACCACUGACAGGCAUCUAUCUCAUUCUCAGAUCUUCAAUCCAGGUUUUCCUCACGCACCCAUCACACAGUAACAUGCAAGCAUUCGUCUUAUAUCUCCCAUCCAGCUCACAUUUUAUAUCUCCAUCCAGCUCACAUCUCAUACACAUUUUAUGUUUGGUACCUUGACGCUAGUUAUUGGGGCCAUAUUCACCUACAAACAUCCAUCUCUGGUCUCUAACCCAACCCAGAUAUAAACACACACACACACACACUUUUUUGUGUGGCUCCAUGACUUAAAGGGUUUAAACCAAUCACUACCUCCAUCCUGUGUGAAUCCUGGCUAAUUUAUAAUACUACAUCUGCUGCUUCGUUAAUGGCUGAGCAUAAUGACUGCAGUAGUCUAUAACUGCUGGGGCUACAAUGGUUUGCUAUCACUGCAUUGUUAUCCUUGGUUAUUAAAGAAGUUGUAAUAUGACCCUUUAUUUUUCUAUGUGGUCAUCAUGUGAUGGGGUCAACUUCUAUAGCAAUGAGCCUUUGAAUAACUGCCCAGUUUUUGUCGUAGCCUCAAAUUGAGCAGUUUCUGCUAACUACCACACCCACUCUUUAUUUAUUUAUUUUUAUUCACAUGCAUUCGAACUAAACCACUAAUCGUUUGACAUUUUUCUAUAUCUGACAAUGACAUCCUUAUAAUUGCCUCUAUAUUGCUUUAUAUAAUUCAUUUUUUUUUAAUUUUUAUUUUUUUUUUUUAUUAGCAACACAUUUAAGAUUUAUAAACCUGUGGCUAAUGAAAAAGUGUGGCAAAAUUCUAACCAUGAAAUUCUAACUUCAUCUCCAAUGUAACUUGCAAGCUCACACAUUAAGUUCUAUGUAAGCGUUUCUGUUACAAUAAAAAUGUUGCAGUUGCGACAAAAUUGGUGCCUAUGGAAAUACAGUAGAUACUAGAGCACUAACUGUCAAAACGGAAAGCUUAGAUAAUUCUUAAAGAUUUAUUUAAACGAUGUAUAAAACCAGUGCAAAUCUGAUCCUUUUUUUUCUGUCACUUAAAGGAACACUCUAAUUUUAUAAAUUCAAAUUAUGUGUAUUCUAAUAUUGGUGUGUCUAGUCCUGUUUAGGUCCAUUCUAAAUAAACUCAAAAAACACCUUUUUAGUCCUGGGCUCACAAAGCCACUGCUUCUCCUCCUGGUGUGAUAAUCUGGACAGAUAAUCUUGGUGAAUCAACUUCUUCUCUGUAGAGAAGCACUAAUGGCUCUACUGCUAAUUUGUGGCAAUCAUUUUGCUACGCCAAUAGGAUUCUCCUCGUAGAGAACCAUUGUAAUGUUUCUCUACGGGCUAACUUCCAUGCGCACCUGAAUACUGUGCAUUUUAGUCUUCACAAGGAGGUGCACACAUAUUGACAAAUGUCAAUAUUUUUAAUAAUCUUCUUGGCCUCUAAAGAUUUCAUAAAUCAGAAGUGUUUUACUAAAACCGCACUUAUUUAUUUUGCUGAAAUUACCAUUGCUGGCACAGUUGACCCCGCCCCCUUAAAAAAAAAAAACCCAAAAAACCCCCCAAAGAACCUUCUCCUCACUGCAAGGCAAAAAGUAGAUCCCCAGAUGUUUUAAAACUUUAGCUUCCAUUAUGCUAAAAGAAUGCAAAGCCUCAUGGGAGUUGUAGUUACACAAAAUCUUGGGUUCUACUUAUUUGGCACCCCAGCUGCAAGGGGAGGGAUGUCAUGAAGGCUAAGCAGAGAGGGCACAGGGUGGCACAGAGGGUAGGACCGUGCCAGCACUGGAUGUUCUUCACCAGAAUCCUGUGUGUGCUUACUAUAGACACAUGCACAGAUUUGAGCAUUCCAGGCUGACUAAUGGUGCCACCAGAGGUGGACUUGCACCUCAAGCUGCUUCAACACAUAUUUUUGUAGGUGUGGUGUACUGAAACGCUACACUUACCGACCUUUUGCACCAUGACUACUUCAAAUCACUGUAGUGGUAAUGGUGCUUAGGAGUAAUCCCCUUAUCUGCCACGAUCUGCAUUAUAAUGGUGUUUCUAUAAGACAUAAGAGGAGUAGAGGACAAACACAUAAGCAAAGUUAAAAUCAGGUAGAAUUAUGAUGGGGAUUGAUGUAAAGAGAAGUAGUUAUAAGCAGCAAUGAGGGGGUGAGUUAUAGGAAGAUGACCUCUAAUGAAUGUGAGAAGGUUUAGGCAAGAGAGGUAAAAAAAAAAAAACAUGUAUAUGAUAUUCCAUUUCCCAUGGGACAGAUACAUGCCAAAUUAUCAUCCAACUAUUGAGCAUGAAAACACAAGUUGGGUUUUAAAAAGUCUUUCAUAGUCCAGGUGGUUUUGAUUUUGCAGCCCAAGCGGUUUGUUCAUGCAAACUGUGCAAAUACAACAAUCACAUUUAAACAAAAGCCAUAUUCAUACUGUUUGACUUGAAAAAUCACACUUCACUAGGCAACCUUAAUCUACACGUGUUCUAAAGAAGAUGGUGUUGAGCUGGGAAUGCCAUUUACAAUGUUGCAACAUCCAGCACUCACUGAUCAUGCACUGCUUACUUUUUAAAACAUUAUCCAAGUAAACCAUUAUUCCAGAACUGUUUUUGCUACUUAACACUGUUCUGGAUGAUAGUAUGGAAGGAGGAUGUAUUUAAAGAAAAUUGGGUUAAUGUGUCAAUAAUGGGACAAUCUCUAAUCCACUGGGUCUUGUCUUGCCUUGGUGUCUUGACGUUAUGGCAUGCUUAAAGAGGUCUAAACUGGUUUUGUGGCAGAGUUAAAAACAAAAAAAGGACACUUGCAAUUUGUUUACUCACAUUGUGACUAUUCACAAAUUGUAGCGAACACCAGGUUAUGAAAUAUUAUAGUGCAUUUAAAGCAAAACUCGAUUUUCUGGAAUUGCUAGUUCUUUUUUCCCCCAACAGUAAAUGCUAUUGCGGUGUUUAUAGAGGUGAAUAAAGCUGUGUGGGUAAUAAAAAUCCUGCAUACUUAUGCCGCGCUUCCUAGUUAUGGGCUAUCUUGCGUACCAACGAUGCAUGCUCAUAAUGUUGUACUUGUGGUCUGACACUCCUUCAAUAGUGCAAUACCUGGGCAUGCGCGGUGUGUGGCAUUACUUACAUUUAAUGCCUAGUGUUCCCAGCACUGUAUGUGGAGGGUUAAAGUUAGAGCUCUAAAAAUAGCGCUACCAAUAGCUAACUUUUUGUUAGUUAUUUGGCUGUGCAAAAAUCUCCCAUUGCCCAUUCUGCUCCAAUGUUAUGCUCACUUGAAUUCCCAGACAGUUACUGUGGCAACCAAGACCCAGGAAAAGUAAGUGCAUAGAAUGGAAUAUUUGUCUGCACUGCAAUGCAUCUCAUACAGCAGCAUUAAAACAUAAACCUCACUAUAAGUGCCCUCUCUUCUGCUUUGUGCUAGGGCUCAAAGCAUUCAGCAAGAGCAUCCUCCUGACUGACUUCUGGGAGGGUGCAACCAAAAAAACUUUAUAAACUCGAGAGUUGACAUGGUUAACCCUAAAGCACGUCAGCGAGAUUAAAUUCAGUGCAGAUAAAUCAGGCAUCUCGAAUGCUAGCCUAGCCCCACGUAUGUUUCACUGCAACACCCAUGAUUCUCUUGUCAUAUACUGCAUUACAAGAAUUCUACUAGUUGUAGGCCAUUAAUGUCUGAGGGUCUAGAGUUUUUGUUAGAGGCUUAGUGUUCCUUUAGGAUGUUAAGUUUAAUGGCAGCCUUCAUUACUUUAAAAAUGCAGUAUAAGAAUUUAAUUUAAAUGUAAUCACAUGGCAAUACAUUUAAAUUGGAUCUUUCAUCUCAAACUUAACUUUCUCCUAGUGUUUCGAUUUUCUCUUUCAGAAUCUGUUUUUGUUUUUUCAUGAUCUAUUUCUCUUUAAACCAUUAGACAAAGUAGGGACUAGUUUGUUUUAUGUAUUUUGCGUACACUUGACAACUUGCUUUGUUAGCUUGAUAAAGAUCGUGGAGUUUGUCUUAAUCUCCACCCUUUGUCAAGAUUAGAAAAAUGCACAAGUAGUACCUACUUUCUCUUAUGUUUUUUUAAAGAGAAUUAAAUAAAAAAAAGUAAAGAACAGAUUCUAGAAGAGGAAACCAUAGAAGGAGAAAGGUAAAUUAGAGGUAACAGUGUCAGGAACGUUCAGGGAUCCUACACGCAGAAUGCAAAUACUAGUAAUGUAUACCUGACCUUAGGAUGUGUGUGUGGUGUUAGUCCGGUCAAAGAAUAGUCAAAUAACGAGCCGAGGUCAGGGGUACCAGAAAUCAGGAUCAACGAUAAUGCAAUAGCCGAGGUCAAAGGAACACAGGAGGAAUAGUCAAACAAAGAAAAAGUCAGAAUACCAAUACGGAAUACACGCUCUUGGGUCAAACAAGAACCACAACAGGGCAAUGAGUCUCUCCCUGGUUUCCCUGUAAAUACAGUGUUCACUUAGGUAGGUAACCACGCCCCCAAAAUGUUCUCAUUCGAACACCUUGGUGGGCUGUGGCGUUCUUAGCAUCAUGACGGCGCUCAUUAGCCGCGUCAUAAUAGGAGGCGGGUUUAUCGCAGCUGUUGUGAGAAUCGCUAGGGACAAGCUGAAAGUUAGGAGUGUCCCCUGCAAAGAGAUACCAGCCUGUGACUUGCUCCUGACUGAUACAUAAGGUAACCUGACAGAGAGCCACUUUAAGGACUAAAAUAAAAUCUAAUGUAUUAAUGCAUGUUAUACUGCAGAGUUAUAAUGGCAAAACCAUUUAGUUCUAAAAAUAUUAGGGUUUUUAGCUAACUGUUAAAAAUCCACAUUUGUCUUUCAACUUGGUCUCCUUAACAUGGCGAGGCUGAAUAUGCGCCCAGUGUCAUUAGUAGCAUGCACCCUCUGGGCCAUUGCUGUAAUAUAAUAGUCUUGUGAUCUGCUUGAAAGUCUGCCAAGGUUUAUCAGCCAUAACACUCAUAACUUGAGAAAAGGCCUAGUUACGUUUCUCAGUGCUCUUGAACUCUGCAAAACCCUGCAAAUCCUCUUUCAGUGACCUCUAAUUACACAAACUUGGCUUAGUUUCUAAUGGAGUUUGUUACAGUUCUAUCAUAAUUGACUAACGAGGCACAUGCAGUCAGGCAGAUAUUUAUUUGUAAUUAAUUUGUAUUUUUUCUUUUGAGAAGGCUGUUAUUCUACAUUACUGAAAGCUAUCUUGCAAUUUUAUAUUAUUUUAGAGGUGGUUUGAGCAACAUGCUGUUCCUGUGCUCCUUACCCGAAGACGUGAAACUGGUAGCCAAUGAGCCUAAAUGUGUCCUCCUUCGGUUAUAUGGUGCCAUCUUGCAGGUGGGUGAGCUUGCAAUAUUCCUUUAACUGUAUGAAGUAAAGGCACGUAGCCAGGAGCCAUGGGGAAUUUUUAUGAAGUUCCACUUAUAUGUAACAUUUGGUGCAGUCAAAAAACUGAGGCCCUCUGACCCGUAGAGGAGACUACAGUGCCCAGCUUUUUUCAUGUUUGCAGUUUAUUCUGGAGAAGAGAGGUAAAACAUGAUCAGUGAAUUAAUGUACAGUAAGUUAUACAGAGACUGUCAAGGAUUUAUUCUCAACAUUUACAAUAGUAAGCAAUGUGCAUCUGUAAAGAUUCAAUCACCUCACAACUAGCAAAUGACAUCACAAUCCAGUUAAGUCCCGGCACAGCGAGGGCACACUAUAUUCAAAUAAGGAGCAUAAAUAAAAAUAUUUCUACAGGUCUCCUCUUUUCUCUAUGCUGACUGCUGACCAGGUGCAAUUGCCAGAAUUCAUAACGGUGACAGACAGGAAGCAAAAGUGGAGGUGUCCAAUUGUAGGGAGAAGUUCAGGUCUCACAAAUAUAAAUAAAUUAAAUAAAUAAAUAAAAAUAAAUUAUAUAUUUAUAUAAAUAUAUACACGAGAUAAGUAAAUGCAAUAUAAUGAAAAAAUAAAAUUGUAGACACCGUAACCGCUACAGUAUACAGUAGUGGUCAUGGUGUUCCGAGUGCCCUGGUACGCCUUGUUGUAAAUAGUCACUGUUUUUAGAAUUGUUCUACUGUUUACCUUGGAAUUGCCUGGCACUACACCCAAAAAUAUAAAAACUGGAUCCAUCAGAAAAAAAAUGCACAGCGACUAGACAGAUUUAGCAGCAAAACUUUACUAUGCAAUAUAACUGCCUAAUGUAUUUAUGGGUGCAAAACCCAAUAUUUACAUUUUUCAUGAACUUCCCAUACAUGUAAUAAAGGCCUAUACUUUUUUUUUUUUUUUUUUUCACAAACCAGCACCAAAUAUAUAUAUAAUUACGCAUGACUCGGUCUGAGAAGUUAUUGAGAUUUGACCUGGUUUUAUUUCAAAUCUCAAUCUCACUGCAGUUGACUUUGGCAGCUCUUGUAUUUGUUUUCCUGUGCUCUGUCCUUUCAAAGUCCAGCCAGACGCACAAGUGUUUUGGACUUUGAAACAAUGAAAUAUUUCUUCACAGGAGGCUUUACAGACGGCAGCUGCUUCCAGCUAGUCUGUUCCAGGACUUAAUCCUGCUUCCAGCUAGUCUGUUUCGGGCCUUAAUCCUGCUUCUUGCUAGUCUGUUUUAAGAUUUAAUUCAACAACAGAAGAGCAGUCCAGCAGUCAUGUUGCCUCUUUGAGUAAUGAUGUAGUUAUGUGUGAGUAACCGUGCACAGGUUUAUUUGAGAUCUGCAAUAAUGUUUACGUUCUAUCUGAACUUGCUGAUGGAAAUAUUGAUAUUCUACUUUAAUGUGCACAUACAUUUCUUGGAUAAAAACAUUGCCUCCCUAAAUAUAGUGCUGUCAAUCCCUAUUCCACCUGCAGUUAACAAAUUCAAGAUCCAUCUCUGUGUAAACAAUGUACUGCAUCCAGAAAUAAAAUAUGAUCAUUCUAGCCUAUAAAAGAUGGAAUGCAAGGUGCCACUAUCCCUGUUAACCAAAGGAACACUGUAGACUCCAUAACCACUACAGUGGAUUAUAGUGCCUGAAAUCCAAAGGUACCUGGUUUUGCAUCACUGUUAAACAGUUUACUCACACUGUUUACCAGAGAUGCAGACUGCAAUGACAAAAUGGCAGUCAGUGCGAAGUCCGCUUCGGGCCAUACUGUGGCUAGUGGGUAUUGAUUGGCGGAGAGCAUUAGCUGUGCUCUCUCAGCCAAUCACUGCCACAAUAAAAAGUCAUUUUGGACUGCGCUUCAGACAGAAUCUGUGCUGAUCGAUAAUUAAACUGUCGAACAGUGAUUUAGACUCUGGCACACUCUGACUCCCGGAACCAUAAUCCCUUCAAUCUGUUAAAUACUGUAGAUGGGUACCAUACCCACUUCAAGUAAUGAUUCAUAGUAAACUUGAAGCCUAUAUCUCCAAGCAGAAGUGCAGGAAAGGAAAUCUAGGCUCCUCCUCCAUUCCAAAAACGUUAGUGAAACUAUCAACACUUACGUGGCUUCUUUGUUUCAGAUUAAACAAGGGCCAUAAAACACAGUACCCUGCCACAAUCUCCUUAUAGAGUUGGUUGUUAAACUUCUGUAACAUCCACCUCUGGUCCAACCUCCAUGAUGACAACACACAGGCUUUGUUGACUUUGUUCCUAUACUCCCUAGGCAUUGUGUAACUGCACAAGAACUGAGACAGAUGGGAGAGAAACCUAUUUUUAAUAGGGUUUUCUCUAAAUCUAUGCAUUUGCUAGCAAUACCGAUAGCACAAUGUAUAGACGCAGUUUCAAGCUCUUUUAAGAGAGCACAAGUAAAAAUAGCAUGACCAUUUCACUUUUACCUAAAAGACUAAAAUUGUAGUUCUGUGCAGCUUUGUGUUAAUACAAACAAAUCAAAUGGCUAAAAUGUAGCAAACGUGGUAAGGUUAACAAAGAAUAGGUGCGCCCAGCCCUCCUCAAAUACUUUUUGUAAUCUAUAUCUAAAAUCUAGUUUAAAAUGCAUGCUCUGCAAACUCUAGAUAUGUGUAUAUCAAAUGUUACAUUAUUGGAGGAAUCCAGUUUUGUAGAAACUAGAACUUUGUAUGAGCAUAUUGACUAGGGGUGAUUGAAUCUUGCAGAUACAUUGCUUUUUUUUUUUUCUUCUAAAUAAAAAUUCUUUCUGUGAUAGGUCAAAUGUGACUUUUGUAAAAGGACCUAUUCAGUAAAUUCGCUUUUUGUAUAUUUUAGUGAUGACUAGAUAAUUUGUAUUUUGUAGUUUAUGGCCCUAAAGCUAUUGUUGGAUAAAUUCUUACCAUCAACUGCAGUUCUACCAGAUAUUUCACCUCAACCUACAUACUUUUUUUUUUUUUUUUUUAAACCUAUAUAGGUAAUAAAAGUAUUUAAACCUAUGUUCCACGGAAUUUUGACAAUCACUUGCAGAUUUAUUUUUGCAAGGUGAAAGUUUUUUACUGCUUUUAUUCACUAAACAAAAUGGGUAAUCAAACCCCACAAAAUUUAAUUUAGUCUAGUAUCACAUAACUGUAUACUGUAUAGCUUAUUAAUGAAUAGAAAAUCUAAAUUAGUUUGCUAUAAAAUAGAUUUCGGUGCUUACAGUUUUUCGUUAAACCAUGCACAUUCAAUUUACCGAUUUGCAAAAUGCAAUUAUAAGCUUAUCAUUUACUUAUACUUGAAUCCAUUAGAAUUGACAGUUAUGUUUUGAUAAAAGGUCGGCCAUUUAAAAAAAAAUAAAAAAAUUUUUUAUGGUCAACAUGAAACCAAUUUCUCAUUGGCUUAUUUUUUUUUUAUUUUUUUAGAUUUACUGUGCAAUGAGACAAAAUAUCCACUAAAAAGCUUAUUUAUAGAUUUGAAGUAAUGUAUUGUACCAAGGGUGGUCAAAAGAAUGAUCCUUAUCCUUUGUAGUACUUCAGCUUCCAUGAUGCUUUGCUAACCUGACUUGUGAGAUGUAGUUCUACAAAAGAUUGGGAUCUAACUUUUGGCCAUUCAUGCUUUUUAGUUAUAACAUUAAACUUUGGUCUGCCUGGCCUCAGACCUCGUAAGGAAUCUCCUAAAAUCCUUUGCUAUCAGAACAUAUUGCCAAAAAUAUGCUUAUUAUCCAUCUUUUAGUUAUCUUUAAAUACUGGUGUUCUAAUAUAACUACUGUGGUUAAAAUAUUUGAAUAUCCACAAAACUUGUAAUGUUCCAAAGUAUUCAUGAGCACAGUAUGUGGGGGAAGACCUAAUUAAUAAAAUGAUAAAAAUGUAUACUAUAAGAUUUAGGCAUAACUUGGUGUGGUCUUCCUCGGGACUCCAUGGGAGGGUUGUAUGUGGGUGGAGAUUAAUCUUUGAUGGGGGUGGGUGUUAUACCUCUUUAGUUGUAUGUGCAUGUGUUCUUUGCUGCAGGCGUACCCAUACGAUCGUGCCUUGCACACUCUGGUUUCCAGGUGACAGACACGAUAACACGGUAUAGUAUGCGACCUCUGAAGUCGGAGCAUUCUAUAAAGCUUUACUUAUAUUUAUAUUGUUAAUCCAUGAAUUCUGCAUGAACUGUUUUUAUACUAUAUACAAUAAAGUACGAUGGACAGACCCACUCAUGACCAAAAUGGACUAAUGACGUGACAUGGUUAAAAUUGAUGGUCUUGUUUUGCAUUUUGUGACCAUAGUCAGACUAAAAUAAAAAAAAACUGAAUUAGAGGUUUCUAAUAAUUUUAUUAGUAGCUCUGCGGUUAAUUGGUCAAUAUUUCCCCAGUGUAAAUAAUUUUAUUCAAAAUAGUACAGUGUCUGCAUAUGUAUGUAAACAUUCUGUGACUUCCUUCUCAUAAUGUUAAAAAUGUGUGCCCUUUACCUUUAGAGAAAUUAAAAUUGUAAACUGUUAACAGUAGGGAAAAAAUUUUUUUUUAUAAAAUAACUGAACACGACUAAAGCAAAGCUAGUUUACAGGUCAUGGUCACUGUGCAUUUUGGACAGUAUUUGUUUUCUGUGUGUCUAUAAAGGUGUGUAUAUAUUGUGCUAUACAGUAUUUCCAGCCAUCAAAAAGAAUGCAUACAAAUUCAUACACAGCACAAUUAAUCAUGACCGACCACAUGUUUUGUUUGUCACACUGAGUCCUUAAGAGAGAGAUAUAUAUAAAAACAAAAACUUAGGUGUUUUUUCCUUCACCUUCCCCUAUGGACCAAACUGCAGACCAGUAAUUAGAAUAGUGAUCACCUUUCAGACUAGCCAUAAAACAUCACUAUAUUAAAGACAAUCAUGAUUCUAGUUACAAAGUGCAUGUUUUGAGCAUGUCAGAUAAAAAAACUAAACAAAAAAGUUUUCUUGGCACUAUAGUCGUCCUUUAAGCAAACUCGUAGGGUCAUUAGGGGCCCCCCUCCCACUAGGCUGAAGGGUUUAAAACCCUUCUUCAGCGCCUGGCUACCUCUGCCGACAUCCGCUCCAUAUGCGCGGCAAGAGGCGCACGCAUUCAAAUCGCCCAUAGGAAAGCAUUACUUUCCUAUGGACGUCCACCGUCUUCUUACUGUGCUUUUCAGAGUGAGAAUCGUGGAAGCGCCUCUAGCGGCUGUCAGUGAGACAGCCACUAGAGGCUGGAUUAACCCUCAGUGAAACAUAGCAGUUUCUCUGAAACUGCUAUGUUUUCAGCUGCAGGGUUAAAACUAGAGGGACCUGACACCCAGACCACUUCAUUGAGCUGAAGUGGUCUGGGUGCCUAUAGUGGUGAUACUCUGACUUGUUUUUUUAUGAAAAGCUGUGUUCUUUGAGGAUUUAAAAAAAAAAAAAAAAAAAAAAGUUUAACACACCUAUUAAAGAAAUGCUGAUAUUUCAUGUUAAACUACAUAUUGUGUUUUCAGACUUGCCGUUGACACAUCUUUGUUUUUAAAAGGACUUUACCCUACGAAAACAUUGCUGUCCUGUCCAGUAGGUCAAGGGCAUAUAAAUGCAAGUUUGUGUGGGCCCUAUUUGUUUUCUAUAGAUCUAAAUGGACUAAAAAGUUAACGUAUCCCAAUAUUUGCUAACUCAUGUUUUGCAAUAUAAACUGAGGCCCUUUAAUAUGCUGCUAGCUGUCAUGCAAAUAUCCACCUCAGUUAUUUUGAAGAAUUAAAGUUUCAAUAACUAUCAUAGCUAAAUGUUGCUCUGAAUUAACACAAAAUCUCUUUUUAAGACCAUCAAACUGAUCCCAUCAAGGAAGUGUAUUUUACUUGAUACAAUGAAUCAUCAAAGUUUAUUAGUUCAUUUUGGUGUGGCAUGGGCUUGAGCCUCUUGGUAAGUGACAAAGCACAGAAACCAUUUUCCAAUAAUAACCUUGCCAGUGUGUGUGGUGCUUUUUUUGUUUGUUUUGCUUUUUUUUUGUGAGAAUUAGAGAGGAAAUGAAACCUCAUUGACUAUGCUGGUUUUUACUGCAACAUAUAAGUUGCUGUCGUUUUUGAAAGCUUUAAAAAUUCGGCUACAGCUUAUUUAUUUUUUAUUUAUUUUUUACAUUUUUUAUUUUUUUUAGUGGUUUCCUGUUCCUUUUCCUCAUUUGGGUGCCUUUAUAAAGCACACAUCUGAAAUAGUGCAACAAAUGAGACAAUUCCCAAUUAUGAAACAUGCUCAGUGCUUUUCUUGCUUUCAAAUUUACUUUGUUUUAGGGUCAUACACCUGACAUACAAAGCAUGACUUUGUAUUACUUUAGUAGGAUUAACAUAAUAUCAUCUGUUCUGUGUGCUAGAGAAAUUACUAGCAAAUGUACAGUUAAAAAGUUGUUUAAUUUAAAAAAUAAAAUAAAAAAAAAUUUAAUCUCAACUCCUACUGUGCACGCACAGGCUAGUAAUUUUGUGGUGCCUCUUGUAUCAUUUAGAGGGAGAUGUGCUCUUUAGGCAAGUAUAUCAUGUAAUCUAGACAAAAUAAAAAAUUUAAGUAUAUCUACCUAAAAUGAACUUGUUCAUUUUUGUGGAUGACUAGUCUAUUUUGACUUGUUACGGACAAAUGACAUUCCAUGUUAUCUUCACAAUAGUUUUCAUUGUGAGAACUCAACUUAAUUGCGUAAGUGUCAGUUCAUCAUGCUCACCCGUAUAUAAAAGCACAGUUGAUAAAGGUUGUGUACCUGUAAAUGUUUUGGUUUUAUUUGUAGAGAAGGCGUGCAAUUUUAUAUUGGACUGGGAGCUGUUAGAACUCCUCUUUAUUUUUGCAUUUUUUUUUUGGUCAAUGGCCAAAAUAUUAUUCUAUUAUAUGCUUUCUCCAGGAUGCAGUAAAUCCGUAACAGGAAAGCUAAACGUAUUUACCUAUAUGUGAUGUUCUUUGUGUACAGUUUCAUAUGAAAACUCUUUAUUGAAGAACUUACAUUUUAAAGGCUCUGUUCUGACUAUGACUGCCCCACUCAUUUAGCAACAGAAGAGACUUUUUGAGAUACUGAUACCUAUUUUAUUUUUUUUUUUUUAAUAAAGGAUCACUAUAGUGUCAGGAAAACAAACUUUUUCCUGACACUAUAGCAUGCUUAGGACCCCCCCCUGAAGACAGCCACUAGAGGUUGGACCCUGCAAUGUAAACAUAGCAGUUUCUCUGUUUACAUCUGAAGGGUUAAAACUUGGGGCACCUGGCACCCAGACCACUCCAUUGAGCUGAAGUGAUCUGGGUGACUAUAGUGUCCCUUUAAAGAAACAAAUAUGAUGGCCUGGAAUGUCAAUGUGUCCUUUAUUUUUAUUUAUUAAUUGAGACAGUUUUGUUUUGCAUGUCUCAAUAAAUAAAAAAAAAAAUAAAAAAAAUAUAUAAAUAUAUAUACAAAUAUAUAUACAAAAAUCUCUGCAAGCAUAGAUUAAAUGUUUUUCCUGAUUGAUGCAUAGUUGCAUCAGCAGGCUAAUAUUAAAAUAUAUAUAAUUUUUUUUUUUUUUUUUUCAUAUUCAUGACAAGGGUAGCUCGGUAAACUGUUAUGUUUACUCUAAAGUACCUUGAAUUCCGAAAUCUUAGAUUUGCUUGGUGCAUUGUUUGCCUGUGUGUUAUGUCUUUAUCUGUUUAGGGCUGUGAAUGGUUUUAGUAUUUUCAAUUAAAAUCACCUGAAUGUUUUUGCAUAAUUUUUUUUCUGAUUUGAUCUGUCUACAGUAAAGACUCAAUAAUUGAAUUAUUUUCAGUUACUUUUUUUUUUUAAAGAAAAGUCUCUGCCACAAUCUUUGCCAUUUCUAAUAUAAAUAUAUAUAUAUAUAUAUAUAUAUAUAUAUGUAUAUAUGUAUGUGUAUAUAUAUAUAUAUGUGUAUAUAUGUGUGUGUAUAUAUAUAUAUAUGUAAAAUGAUAAACAAUUUUGUUUUGUUUUCGAUGAUCCCUUGAGUUUAAAAUCUCCAAUUAUUAAAAAAACCUAAUAUUUUGAAGAAUUUUUAAACAAUAAUUAGUUAUAUAAACUGCUCAUUUACAAUGCAUUAUGAUCAGUCCUAGCAGAUGUAAGAUUAUUAUGGAAAUGUGGUUUCUGGUUUUACUUCUUGCAAAGUUUAAAUAUCAUAGGUGAAUAACUGGUUAUAAAAAAAAAUGUACUACUGUUGUCUGCCUCGUUUCUUAAUCUUCAUGUUUCCAUACAGGAGUUUUGGUAAACUCAUACAGGUAUGUUCAAUGUGAACCUUUCGUGUCAGUACUGAAAUAUUAAUUUGGCAAAAUAAAAUGGUACUUGAAUUUGUGUUGUAAGUGUGUGCAGAUACAAACAUGAGGUUGGUGACUUGUGGAACAGAACACAGCUGCUGCAGAAAUGCUUUAAGAUCUGUGAUUCGAGUUGCUGCCUUGUUACAGAGAUUUGUGGCAGGGCUGUGCAAAGUAAUGUGGUUUUUAAAAUAAAUAGCUGUCUGUGAAUUUGAUUCCCAAUAGGAUUCUGCAGCAGCUGUUCCUAAUUUUUUUUUUUUCAAUGUACCUUUUUUUUUUCUUUUUUACACUCCAAUAUCUGAAAAGGUUUGAUUGAUAUACAAUAUAUAUCAAUUAACCAAACACAGAACAUUUUAAACCUUUCUGCACAGUGGUGCCUGCCAACAUUCUGGUCCUCAUAGUAAUGAGCACAUUAUAGGGCAGUCUGACCUCUGCAUACAUAAUGAAAACUUGUGGUUGGCACACCCACUGAUUGGGUAUAAACUGGCUACUCCUAAUCGGGACAGCUGGCAUUAGAUACUCACAGGUUAAAUCUUAAAUCUGUGAAAUGGCAUGAUAUUCCUUCAGGUCUUCCUUCAAUGCCAAAUAUCAGGAAUAAAACAAUCUCUCUAUAUGGCAUUUUCCAUCUUUGAACCAUUUGAAAAAAAAACAAAAGCCUAGACCUAUUUAAAAAGGUUUCACAAAGUAUGCCUGUGAAAUAUAAUUUAGUUUUUAGUUUUGGCUGAUUACCUUUAAGCUUGGUAAUGCAUUUUGUUGCUCGAUGGAACUAAAAUUCUUUAAAGAUCAACCCAGUGUACAUGAUUCCCACAUGAAAGUAAACGAAGUUUGACAUUUCCCAGGACUCCCUGUUGCCCAAAUAUGAAUAGAUUUGCAUCACAGUUUAUGAUUCUGUGUGUGCAGCUACAGCAGGAAGCUGGGCUUUGAUAGUUCAGUGCUGCCCAAAUUCCAUGUGCAGAUUGGAAAAACUCAUUAAUUUACAUUGCUUUAUGAAUAUAUUCUAAUAUAAACUUUUAUUUGUGUCCAUUUUUAACAGUGCUUUAUGCCAUAUAACUUGAAAAAUGCCACAAAGCACAGAAAUGUGUCCACUAAUCUGGUGCCAACACAGAACAGACCUUCUCUGCCCAAGCAGUCAGUGCUUUUGAAUGCGUACAGAUACCAUGAGCUUUUCCAAUGAAUAAUACUGUGAUGUCCAGGUUGACAAGUAGAAGAGUGAUUUCUCUGUUGAGUAACACUGCUCUUUAGCUGCUCAGCAAACAUAGUAACUGUUCUUUUAAAGUAUUAUUAUUGCCCUGCAAUAAAUAUCAUAAUAUGGCCACUACACCCUGGAGAAAAUAAGUAAAUGACCUGUCUGUUUUCAGGCACCUAAAAUACAUCUUUCCCCAUUAUUGCUAUGGGUAGUCUGUGGGUAAUUGACAGAUAUGCCUUUGCAAAACAAAACAUUACAUUUUUCAAACAGGUCGCUAGUUGUUGAAUAACAAGGGAGUUCAUGUUGCAGGUUUGUAUCUUACCUCGGGAUUCCAUGCUUUGAAACCCAUGCCAUCUGGAGUCAUCAUCUGCAUGCAUACCUCCCAACUGUCCCUAUGUAGGAGGGACAAGCCAUAUUUUGGGCCCAAUUCUUUUUUCUAAGAGCUUAAUAUUAUGCGUGUUUCAAUGUAUAACAGGACUCCACAACAACAACACUUGAAUAAUGUGUUACACAAGUACAAUAAAUGUUAGAAAUAAUUUGUGUAAAAUAGAUGUUUGUGUUCUAACUAACAUUUUAGUUGCAUAAAUUGUCACCUACAAUUUAUCAGAACAGCCCUGCCCCUGGACACACUACAGUUACACCCCUAAAAUAAAAGUGCCACUCUUUGUCUAUUUUAAAUGGUGGGGGGUGGGUAUGUACAUGUAUCGGAAUAUGAUUUAAGUUAGUUCUGUAGGUGGGAAGUAGGGUUGAUACUGUUGUGAGACAAUACUGAUCUUUCUACUUGCCAUGCUUGAUGAAACACCAGAUCAGCUAUUGUAUCUAAGCCAGAAAUGACAGUGGUCAGUAGAAGUCAUUAAGCAACAUAGUGUGCACUACCUGCUACCAUGUCAGUGGCUGGAGCACUAGAAUGCGUCAUUGAGAACUCCUUGCUCUGAGUCUUCAAACAUGGUACAUUAACAAUAUGGUCAUUAUCAGGGAUAAAACCUAGACGGCAACACAGAACUUGUUUAUGCUUGGUACAGAUACAGUGGAAGAAAGCUCAUGUAGACCAAUAGCUUUUUUUUUGGGGGGGGGGAGGGAAAGGAAAACUGGAAAGCACAGUCUUGGCCAAAUCUUAAAGUCCCUUGUGCGAAAAACUUCCUCUCAUACUGGGUUAUAUGUGCACAAAGCUGACCAUAUCUGUGGUGGUAGGCAAGACAAUAUAGAUGGAUACAUCAACAUUAGGAGGCAUUUCAGGUAUAACACUUGCAGUUCACUCUAAUAUAUAAAGUACAGAUCAAAUGAACAUUGAAGUGACAUGCAGGAAGUGAGUGAGUCACAUUAAGUAUGGCCACAUCCAAUGUGUAAAUAGUGUGAGGUGACCCCUUUUAUGGCACUGCUAUCACUGCAUUGCAAGCAAGGGAAAGUCCCAAAGUUUACCCAGGUAAGGAGACAUCAGACAGUAUAAAAGCACUAUGAUAGACCAACCUUUGACAAAUUUGUCUGGACUAUCUUUAUUUGAAUCCAGGUUUAACAAAGUGCCAGCCAAUGUAAAAAUGUUUUAGCUCUGCAACAGGACAGACUUGUUUUGAGGUGUGUUAAUAGGUUUGCAGCAGGUUUUGAGAAUCAAAAUACUCUGAACCAGUGAGACUUAAAUCCAGACUCAAAACGUCAAAGGAAUUAGUACAUUUGUUAAAAAAAAAAAAAAACAACAACCUUGAUGACGAUGUACUCAAAGAGGUCACAAAGAAGCAAGCCUAAGGUGCGAAUAAAAUUUAGAAGUAUGAAUAAGGUUCUCAUUUCAUUUCAAGCACUAUAACCACUAUAGAACUAUUUUUUCACCAGCAGCAUGGUGAGUCUUCAUAGAAACAUUUUAUUUAACACUUACUGACUUUAGAGAUGUACCCACAUUUUCCACUUUAGUGCUCUUCAGUCUUCGUUGGAUUUUCCAAAAGUUAUGAUUUGUAGUGUCCUGGCAUACAAUAUUUUAACUUCUUGCCCAUCAAUUAAAAAGUGUAUAACUUGGUCAACCUCCAUUUUCUGUUGCAUGCUAAAGGUAAUUCCAGAAGGCAUCUGUAGUACAGCAAAGUACUCCUGCACCACAUGACUCUAUGGGAUCAACAGAACCAUGUAAAAUAAGUGUUCCACAUUUAAUUAGACAACCAACUUGAGUGAGAAUGAUCUAUUUUUUCUUUCUACAGAGUCCCUAUUAUGCUUACCCAUAAUUUGCUAUUUUACUUUCCUCUGCUGCAUAUUUCACCUAAGCAUGCAUUGCAACAUUAUCUAUAAGCGUGAAUAAAAAAUACCUUUUUAUCCCCAAAUUUAUUUAUUUUAUUUUUUUUCGUUUUUGUUUUUUCUUCCCAGAUGGGAUUAGAACUUUGGUACUGGGCUUUCAUUUAAACAGCCAUUUUACUUUUUGUAAAAGCAAAAUGUGAAAAGGCAUAACGUUUUAACUUACUGAAUGAUUCAUAUUUAGUGUUCUUUGUCCUGUUACCACAAGCAUUCACCUUCUUCUUAUUCUCUGCUUCAACACAAAUAUCUGGUCCAAGUGUUCAAGUUUGCACUUGUAAAUUCCAAAAAUUGAGGUUAUUAACUUUAAAUAUAAUCUAUUACGCAGAAGAUUUAGUCAAAAAAAGUAUUUUACGUUGUAGAACAGAUAUUCAUACCACUAGACUUCAGCGUGUACACUUGGACGGGUGAGUGGGGUAAAGAGCGUUGUUAUGAAACCUGUAUUUGUUAUUAAAAUGCAUUUCAAUAAUUUAACAGAUCUGUUUUGUAUGUUCUGAUUAGAUGUCUUGCAAUAAAGGGGAUAACCAAGAAACCCAAAGGGAAAAUUUCUUUCAAGUAAGUACCUGCGUACUUUGAUUACGAUUUAUUGGACAAUACAUUUCUGGUUAUUUUCCUGCUGGGAUUAUUUUCAACAUUUAGUAAUUGUUUUCUGUUUAUAAGUGUGUAUUAGCAGACAAAACCCUAAUAUCCUGUUAACGCAUCCUCCUAAAUAAAUGAAAACUCACAAAAUAUAUUAAAUUAAGACGAUUAUUGGCACAAGCAGUGUAUGGGUGUCUUUCAAUGGGACAUCUAUCUUUUUUGACUUUUGGCAAAUUCCUCUCCCAAGGCGUUGAGCAUUAGAAUAUCUUCUUAGUAUCAAAGGUUAAUGGUGUUAUGUAGGAAGAAGACAACACUAGCUUAAAAUAAUACUUGGGUAUUUAGCCGGAAAAACUGUUCUAGGAUUACUUCUUGCGUAAUUUUGAUAAUUCCAGUUCUAUUUGUAAGUGGCGUCUGCUACAAUGCCUAAAACAAGGAAGUCAAGAAGCAAGUUGCAAUACUGUCAUGUGAUAUACUGUCACAUGCUAAUGAUUUAAUAAUGAAUGUGCACUGUAAAGUGGAUACAGUAGAGAAGGAAUAACAAUGCUAAAAUAGCCUCAGUAGGAAAGAGGAACAUCCUGCCUAUUAACAUUGCCAAGUUUGCUUCACAAUUGCUUUAGUAAUAGCUUUUAGAAACAGUCAUUUAACAGACAUAUACUGUUGUAAAAGGGCACGGUGCAGAGAUUAAAGUGCUCAAUCUCUAAUUCAGAUUAUAUGUCUCUCAAUUAGGUAUUCAGAGCUAUUCUGUAGAUAGUUCUAAACGUCAGCAAAUGUAUGGCUACACCAACUAGGAAAUUUGUCUAGCCUUAUUUAAAAUAGCCUCUGUGACAAAUGUAAGAUUAUGCACAGAUCUACGGUCCCUUGAUUCCAUAAUGCUUGGUAUCCACGUUUACCCGUUACAUUCAUCAUAUUGUUUUACACAUCACAUCUCCCAAAUGUCUGUUUAGGAGGGAUAGUCCUCUUUUUUUGCCCAGAUUCAUUGCCCACUUGUUAUAUCUUAAAGGGUUACUCUAUUAACUCUUUUUACUCAAUUUGUUUCAAUAGUAAGUCAUAAUAAGCAUCCAUCUUUAGCUUCCCCUGUUUUUUGAUUGAAUAUUCUUAAAAAAAAGUGCAAAAAAAGUAACAUUUAUGAAUCCAACACCAGGCCACGCUCUCCUUGAUCAUUUCCGCUCCUGUUUUGUCAUCAUGCAAUGUCAUACUUCUUGGGUCUUGGUCCAAUCAAGUGCUUCUCAUAGAAGCAUUGAAUGACCUUAGGUGCAUGUGUGAAAAGUACUGGGAAUGCACCAGCAACAGCUUUUUUUUUCAUAGAAAAGCAUUGAAUCUAAUUAUUUCCUAUCUAAAGUAUUGAACAUAGGGAGUGUGGGCUUGCCAAAGGGUGGACAAGGGGAUGGGGGGAGCAUUUUAGAAUGUAUGUAGGGAGGGAAAGAAAUUGGUGUACGAUAGGGCUGUUACUGGGUAAGGAUGAGCGUUACAUUGAGUCACGAGCACACAGUCCCAACGGCUUCUACUUGCAAGUGAAUAAACUAAUUUUGCCUGUUGCCAGCAUGUAGUCAGAUGUAAUUUUUGCACAGAACUAAUAUUAGGCAGUCUAGAGCAGAGCUCAGGGUUCUUAAAUCACAUGUGCCGGAGGUGCUACUAGACUCUGGCACAAAAGUGUACCUUGUGUAGGCAGUGUUUCAAGUGAGUAACGCUGUGCACACAGAUUGCUUGCUACGUGACAAGGUUUAUUAAAGCAGGAGUGGUCAUGGAGGCUGAAGAAACCCUUUAAUGCACAUUUUCUAGGGUUUCCAGAUGUAUUCAGUAGUCCGUAGAUAAGAGAAUAACUUGUGCUUAAUUGUGGUGAAACUAUCAAAAUGUUGCAUAGUUACUUAGGCUGAAAAGAGACGCGUCGUGUUCAGAAAUCAAUUCGUCUAAAUGUAAGAAUUGUGUUUUUUGUUUUUUUUAAAAUUCUCUUCUAAUUUACAUUUUCAGUUCCAUACUGGCAAACAGUUGGUUUGAAUAUCCUAAAGGCCCCAUUAUUUCACUCCAUAGAAUUAAAUGGGAAUUCUUUUGCCAUUUAAAAUUAGAGGAGAUUCGCUUGUACCUCUAUGCCAGCGGCAAAAAAAUUAUUCUUAGCAGCUUGGCUAGGUCAAAAUAUAGAUUAAAUUGCAUUCCUUAUAUAGAGAACGUCCUUUAAGGAACACUAUCUCAAAAACUGCACCGGAAAGCCAAAUCCAAUAAUCAUUCACCUAGCACCCAGUUUUCCUCAAAUGCUGGUCACUGGGUCUUGGCUGAACGUUAAAGCAUUCGUACUAAUGUUCCAAGUUUCUGUAGUAGUCAUACUCAACAUUCCUAGUAUAUCCGCUAAAAUAAAUGUCAUGAAAUCACAAUGAAUGUUUGGUAUAUGACAAAUAAAAACGAAGUAGGUUGAUCACUUGACUAGAAUUCACAUGGGUUCAAUAACUUUUUGGUAAGGGAAGUAUGAUAAAUCUUGGCACCAGUGUACCGUUGUGCUAAGGGUAAUUUGCAUUUUGCUGUUUGGCUGCUGAGGGUAGAAUACGUCCAGAAGCAUAGGUGAAUAUUUAGAACUGUAAUCUGCUUGGUGGAAAAUCACUGGAACUUCAUAAAUUAACCAUAGAGGUGUGGCUUGCAAUUAUUUGUAAUGUGGAACUGAACUAAGUGAUUCACUGCAGUUGGUGAUUUACUGCAAGCUCACGUGAUGUUUACGUUGAAGGACAUUGCUCAUAUUGAUAUGAAAGUUAACCAUUAAUAAUCUACAAUGUGAAUAAUUUGGAUUCAGAGAUCAAUUGAUGUUGACAAUCCGCUUCAUGUAGUGGUUUUUUUUUUUUUGGUUUUUUUUUAUGCAGAUAAGCAAUUAGCUGAACCAACAGAAGUCUGAUAAGUGGCUGUGAUCAUUGUAAUUAACCCCUGUGGAUACAGUUGUGCAUAAUCUGUGCUCAAUGUAUGAACUGAUGUACAGUUAUUGUUUUUUCACAGUCAGGAAGCACCUUUAAUAUACUGUUUGUCCUUUGUACUACUCAUGAUUUCAACAUGCUUUGUUAUUUCAACAUACUCUGUUAUUUCAGUCGGAAUGUAUGUGCUUGCAAUAAGUAUUGGGCAGAGUCUAGGGAACAUUCUUUAUCUACAUUUAAAAAGCUACCUGCGUGUUAUAAGAAAUUUAAAGGGACAAUCAAAGCACCAAAGCCACUACCUCUUAAUGGCAAUAGAACUGAGCCAUUUUAGAGAAAAAUUGGUGUUUACAAGUGCCAUAGAACAUGCCUCUGGCUGUCACAAGGACAAUCACUAAAGCAAUUUGUCAUGAAGACCAUUCAAAAUCGAAGGUCUUCUCAUAUGGCAUCAUCACGCACAACAUAAUGCAGAACACGUCUAAUGCCUCUCACAGAGAAGCAGUGGAUUCUUGCCUCUCUUAGAAUCUGAUUGGCAGAUUGUGGAGUUUACUUUGCAUGAACUUAGGGCACAAUACGUCUGUAUGAGAAGCAUUGAUUUGAGCUCCGCAAUCAUGAUCUCAGAAAAGGCAGAGCAGCUGCAGAGAUACAAAGAGGAGACUCUCCUGAAUUGUAUUAGUUUGUUUAAUUGAGUUUUUUAAUUUAUUUUUAACUUGAAAAAAGGGGGACAUAAUUUAAAUCAAUAAUCAUGAUCUAAUAUUAAUAAAAUGUUAUAUAUUAGCCUGAAGACUGUAGUUCACAGCCAUCUUCAAUACCAAGGUGAGCCAUCACUGCUGUAGUGUUAGUUGUCUGCUCCACUCUUUUGAUCCAGGCAAAGGAAGAAUGCAACCAAAUACAAAAAGUGACUCAUCACAGUUUUUUUGGAAGCAAAUAGUUUAAAGUAUUACACCGCAUGAUUUUUUUGUUUGUUUCCCUGCAGGGUGCAGAGGCUAUGGUAAUGGAAAGUGUAAUGUUUGCAAUAUUGGCAGAGCGAUCCUUGGGUCCCAAGUUGUACGGGAUUUUCCCACGAGGGCGUUUGGAGCAGUACAUUCCGGUAAGAUAUUGGCAUAACUAUGAAUAGGUUGGCACAAAUAAUGCAAACUCUGGCUGAGCGUUUUGUUUGCUUGUGUAGUGUGGGCCAAAACGGAGCAGUAAAUAAGAUGUUAUGUAACAAGGCUAGCUAAUUAUUACACCUUUUAGAGUAAAAUAUGACCUCUGUCAGGAUGAGAUACAGGGAUUUAGUUGGGUGCAAAAGCUUGUAAAUCAACACUACCUGUAGUUGUAACUUUAAAGGAAGUCAUGAAGUCUCAUGAAAAAUUAUAAUAUCUAGUGUUCUAAAAAGAUAAGUUUAUGUAACAAAUGGGACUCUUGAAUUUAAGACCAUUAAUUUGGCGAUCUUUAUGGCUUGUGAAUUCUUUCUCCAUGGUCUUAUUUAUUUUGCAAAAUAACUUUAAGGUCUAAUGGGUAAUUAGGUAAAAUUUGUAGUCAUCCUUUGCAAAAAAAAUGGCUCAGUAGACCGUUUUUAGAAGUUGUGUCCCUACUAGCACAAAUCUUUCCCCUUGUAUUAUAAUGUGGGAUGCGAUGGUGCUUAAAGCGGCACUGUCACGGCGAACUUAGGAGGAGCUUAAGUCUGUUUUGUUUCCUGUGUCAAGGAGGAGGGCGAGUACUUUCCCUGAUACAGGAAAUGGAACCAACUUAAGCUCCUCCUGUGUCAGGGAAAGUACUCACCCUCCUCCUUGACACCAGAAAUAGAGCAGACUUAAGCUCCUUCUUUGCUCAAAGAAAGUACAGUGUAGGAAAAUGCAUAAGACAAAGUAGUUCUUACUUUGUCUUAUGUUUUUAAAGAAAACUAGAUCAGAAAUAAAGAAAAGAAAGCAGGUUCUUAGAGAGGAAGAAAAGAUGAAACAAUAGGAGAAUAGUUAGUGUGGCAUGACAGUGCCGCUUUAAUAAUCAUUUUCCUUUCUUUUCUGGGAGUUUUUGACAACUAGUGUAAUUCAUAGAAAUGUAUUUACUAAAUGGUGCAUUGGCAGAGGAGUUGCAAAACUUGGACACAAUUGUAGCAUAGCUGAGGCAAAGAAAUCCAAUGUCACCAUUUCCAUUGUUCAUCUUUUUUUACUUCAAACUUGCAGUUUCAUUUUCAGUUCACCACAGUUCACUGAACAGUGGAUUCAUAUAUAUAUUUUUUUUCCAUUUAAUAUCAGUCAUGGUUCAUAAAUGUACAACACUUCCCAUAAGCCUAUAUAUAGACUUUAUACAAACAGUCGUUCAUCUGCUAAUAGAAUAUGCUGUCAUGUUUUUCUUGUUUCUUAGAGUCGAAAGCUGGAGACAGAAGAACUGCGCUUCCCAGACUUAUCUGCUGAAAUAGCUGAGAAAAUGGCCCGCUUUCAUGGCAUGAGCAUGCCAUUCAAUAAGGAGCCCAAGUGGCUUUUUGGGACAAUGGAGAAGUAGGUUUAGAAGUAUAAGUUUAUUUUCCCAGCUAGCUUGUUUUAUGAAAUGACAUUAUUUUUCAUUUUAUUUGUAUCUAUCAGAUGCAAUUCAUGUUAGUAGAUUAAUACUUGUAUAGCUUCGUAAGGGUGGCUCCAUGGAACAUGUGCUAUUCCAGCACACAGAGACCAUUAUAUUGGCAAAAGCUAUGCCUAGGUUUCUCUGACAUUGCGCAUGAGACUGGUAGCAUUUGGUUUACCGUCUGCUUGUACACAUUAUAUGAGAACAUACCUUUUCUUAAUUCAGCAGCUGGCAAAGACAAAACCAUCAAAAAAACAUGCAAGCGAUAAAGUUUUUAACUGAAAGUAAUUGAAUAUCAAGCCAAAUGCGAACAUGUAAUCCUUGUAUGAGAGGUUUGCAAUCCUUAAGGUGUGCUGAAUGCUUCUAUCAGCACAGGACCGCGUUAAGAAACAAAAAAGAAUAAUUACUGGAGGGAGCUGAUGAACAGGAAAUUAAAAGAUUAAGUAUGCAACUUGGAGAGUCUUAAGUAUUCCUGAACCCAGACUGAUGUCAUGUGCACUUUUGGCCUUUUAGAAUGAUAUAUUACUUCCUGCAGAAAACUGAGCACACCAAAAAGAAUUCCCUAUCGUGGGGCUGAAGCUAUACUGUUUCUCCAGUCCCUCACAAUCACUCAAGUAGUGCCAAGAUCGUUUAAAGCUGUUCUGUCAAUUCUGAGCUCUUCAUAAGGAUAUAUUCUUUAUGAAAAGUUAUUGUUGAUACAGCCCUCUGAAAUUCCAGUGUAAUCAAGAUACAUAAAACAAAACAAAGUAGGGACAAGUAGUGCUGACCUGUGGCAAUGGACUCUCCGCCCAUUGCCAAAUCUUGCCAUUUCCCAUCAAACAGUGACUGAUAGGAAGAGGAAUCAUCAUGUGGUAUCAUUAAUAGAUGCCUUUACAAUCUUAUUGUACAAGGCUGCAUUAUCUGUGGCAUAUCCCCCAAUCUUGCAGGAUCUUCCAUAUACCUUAAAGGGAAACUGUCACUGCUUACCUGGCCCUCCACUCCCCUGCCACAUUCUCAUUAAAGAGGUGGGUUUUACAAUUCUGUACCACUUCUACCACCUAUUAGGUUUUCCCUAGGUUGGUUUCUAGAGAAGAGUAUAAACUGCAGACAUUUUGAACAUAACAACAUGAACAUCUUGAUAAAUGCUUUAUUAUUUAAAUACUUUGGACAUAGCCUUCUACAUGUGUUUAUUGCUGUUUCUUGUAGGUACCUGAAGCAGGUAUUGAAAAUUAAAUUCACCAAGGAAUCGCAUGCCCGCAAACUGAAUAAAUGUUUAAGCUCCAAUCUCCCCAAGGAAAUGGCAAAUCUAAGGUCAGUGAUUAUGUUAGAGAACUAAUUGCAAUGUAUAAUGUAGGUUGUUGAUGUACUAAAUUCACAGAUUACAGCAGGUAGUUUCAAAUGAUCAUCUAUGCCAGUCAUAUUUUGCAAAUUCAUUACUUUAUUUGAAGGUGGUAAGGGUAUAUUACAUUCCUCCACAAUCAUUUUUCAAUAAAGAGGGAUGGAUUCAUCAACCCAAGAUUCUACCUUUAUUCAUGUUGAAUGUAAGCUUUAAACCACUCACUUUAACCUCAUGCCAAUAGAGCUUGAAGGUACACAGAUAUAUUCACUAUUCCUUGUGGACACUGGGGAUGAUGAGGACUUUAACUUGCAAUACUGGAAUUAUAAUCUGUAGCAUUCGGAGUGCACACACCUCCCAACAAAGGAAAACAGGAGAGGAGGUAGCAGAGCAGUAGGGGGCAUAUCAGACAUGCAGUGUGUCGCUGAUGACAUUUCAAGAUUGUCUGAAUUUGCCAGACCUAUUCAGAUUUGCCCUUAAACAGAACACUGCUGAAGUCAUCACAUAUGGGUGGGAUUGCCCUCGGUUCACUGUGUUUGCUUGAGACGUUUAUCUGCGUCAGAGAGGAAGGGGUGGCGAUGCGGCACAUAUAAAGUAGUUCAGAGAAGCGAAAGUGCUUUAUGGAUCCAGUGUGUCCCUUUAGCUUCGCAACGAAAAUGGAGUGCUGCUUUAAUUUAGUGGCACCUUGAUAUUGAGAUCCAGUGCAAGGAAGAAAACAUAAUAGAUGGAAAUACAUGCCUGUUGCUGGAGGCAUAUUAUAUUAUUAUGCAAGGGAAAACAAACAUGACUGUACUACUUUAGGACAAUGCACAAAUACUACAUAGCUGUUUUUGUGAGGGAGGAUGGUUUGAGCAGUGAAUCACAAUACUAUUACGUUCUCAAUAUGUUUUUUAAAAUUCUUAAUUUCCUAGAUGUAUUGAAAUGUGCACUAAAGAGUUCUAAAAAUUAUCAUUAAUGUAGAACAUGUGAAAAAUGCUUAGCUUUAAGAGGUUUUAAUGACAAUACAUGAUCUUGUAGGUCAUUGCUGGAGGCUACUUCUUCUCCUGUCGUGUUUUGUCACAAUGAUUGUCAAGAAGGUAAGCAUGGAAGCUGGAUACAUCUGAACACUGAAAACCAGACUCCACACUGACAUGUUUUAAGUGUUUAAAUAUGCAAGGAAUUCGACCUAGCUUGAACCAGUCAGAGAAUCCCACAUGGGACUCUUGCAUAUGGAUCUUAUUUUCCUUAGUUUGGAAAAACUGAACAAGUAAUACGAAAGUACAUCUUCUGGCUUUGGAUGGCCUUUAAUUAAAAUUAAAGACAUAUUGAUUUAAAUUACUUUUUAAACCAAAGUAAUUUGUGUAUUAAGCAUAAAAAACUCAUCAAUGAAACCCACAAUAGCAACAAAACAGUUUUUUAUUCUUGGGACAGUUUACUUAUAAUAAAAUCAGGCCCUGUUUUCUUUAUGAUACAAGUAGCUAAGAUGCUUUUGGAUGGUAAUGUUACAGAAUUAUUCACAAAUUUAAAAAUUCAAAGUUGGGCCACAAUAGCACAAUUGGAAAAAUUCACAAAGUUAUCUUUGUUUUCAGGUAAUUUAUAGCAGACUACAAUGUGAAAUUCACUUAAUUUAAAAGCAUAACCUGGAAAAAGAGUGUAGAAUAGAAUGUUGCAUUUCCGGAGGAUAACUGCAUGUUUGACUGUAGCUCAUCAGCUGUGCAUGUCUUAUAAGGAGAAAAUGGAGAGAGACAGUUGGUUUUUGUAUUGAGAAUUGGCAGAAAGGGACAAAUUUGCAGUGUAAUAAUGAUGCCCAAAUCUAGCUGGAUGCACUCUUAAAGAAUACAUUUUGUUUGUAACCUAUAAUUUUUCAGGCAAUAUCCUCCUCUUGAAUGAGAGUGAAAAUUCUGAGAAGCAGAGUCUCAUGCUCAUAGACUUUGAAUACAGCAGCUACAAUUACAGGUAAGCACUACAAUAUAAGCUUUGUUACAUGUGGGCUGUAGUACAGAAUUUAAAAGGAACACUCUGAGUACCAUAGCCACUAUGGUGUGAUGUAGUGGUUAUGGUGCCAGUAGUGCCCUGGUGGUUCUCAAGCGCAAGUAGUCAUAAUAUUUGCUAACAGUUUAACAACUAAACUAGAGCCUGCUCUCAUGUAUUAAACUCUGAAUUGCAGGGCCAGCUCAUUGGUUAAACACACCACCUAUCCAAUGUAAGUAGUAGUAACAGUUUGCUAAUGGUUUGAUCUCCUAUCCGUGGUCUGGGCAUUAGCCACUUCCAGCAUUGAGUCACAGACUCCUGCUAGGAGCUUGACUACUUACAUUGGGGGUGCCUCGAGGCAAUCCUUGCACGUGUUGUAGUGUUUACUGUGUUUGAAGUGCUCUUUUAAAUACAUUGGACUGUAAAUUAAGAUACUCCUUAUGUUAAUAGUUUGAGUAAGUGUCGCAGAUUAAAUUACAAAAAACAUGAAAUGGCACAACUUGUUAUAUGAAUAGUGAUCACAUGGCAAUAUCGGGUACAUUAAGGCAGGGAACUUUGUAUAGUUCAUGUCAGGACAUGGUAUAUAAUCUGGUCGGAAGAACUCGCUGUCAGCAUGAGCAGUUAUUCCUUCAGUGUGGCUGCAGCGGGAGCUGUAAUGUAUACACUCAUCUAUACGACCUCAAGCCUUUAGAAAAAGCUGUGCUUGCAAGACCAGUUGUGAAUCAUGUUCAUGCACUAUUUUGCAAGAUUAUAGUGUAAACAUAGAAAUGCAUGUUUGUCACAUGGUAAUAAAACCUGUUCAGCAACUUUUUUUUAAGCAAACACUCAUAACUAUAUAUGUGCAUGAUGUUCGUUGUAACGGACUCAAAGGGCUUGAGAUGCAACCGUUUUAUGGGAUUAAACAUAGGACAUUUUGUCAGUGAUUUGCUAUGUGUAUCGAUUAUAUGCUGGAGCGAUUCCAAAACAAUAACAGGAUUGUGGAUCUCAAGGGCAGAGUUGGGGAACCCUGUUCUAUGGUUUAGGUUCUCAGGUCACACCCCAAGGACCGGCAAUGAUACUGUGUUAAGGGAUCACUCUAAUCCAGGGUUGUCCAUAAGGCAGACCCCACUGAACAACUCCCAUGAUGCUUGGAAUUAAAGGAACAUUAUAGUCACCUAAACAACUUUUAGCUUAAUGAAGCAGUUUUAGUGUAUAGAUCAUGCUUCUCAAGUUUCACUUCUCGAUUCUCUGCCAUUUAGGAGUUAAAUCACUUUGUUUCUGUUUAUGUAGCCCUUGUCACACCCUGGCUCUGACACAGCCUGCAUGAAAAAACUGGUUUCACUUUCAAUCAGAUGUAAUCUACCUUAAACAAUUGGAUCUCUUUCUCUGUAUAUUGAACUUUAAUCACAUACAAGAGGCUCUUGCAGGGUCUAGCAAGCUAUUAAAGGGACACUAUAGUCACCAGGACAACUACAGCUUAUUGAAUUUGUUCUGGUGAGUAGAAUCACUACCUUUAGGCUUUUUGCUGUAAACACUGACUUUUCUGAGAAAAUGCAGUGUUUACAUUACAGCCUAGUGAUAACUUCACUGGCCACUCCUCAGAUGGCUGUUAGAGAUCCUUCCUGGGUCAUGGCUGCCUAAAAUGCAUCCAAACAUUCAGUAUCUCCUCCCACUGCAUGCAGACACUGAACGUUCCUCAUAGAGAUUCAUUGAUUCAAUUAAUCUCGGAGGAGAUGCUGAUUGGCCAGGGCUGUGUUUGAAUCAUGCUGGCUCUGCUCCUGAUCUGCUUCCUUGUCAGUCUCCGCCAAUCCUAUGGGGAAGCACUGUGAUUGGAUCAGGCUACCACUUCUGCUGAUGCCAGCAGACUGCUUGUUUUUUUGUUGUUGAGGCAAACAGCAUGCAGAUCUACAGCUUCAGGCUUGAAUACAGUAAGAUGUUGCUAUAUUUAUGGAGGCUAGAUGGUGUUAACACUAUAGGGUCAGGAAUACAUGUUUGUGUUCCUGUCCCUAUAGUGAUCCUUUAACAUGGCAGGUGAUAAGAAAAUCUAAAUUAAACAGAACUUGAAAUAAAGGAAGGAUAAACUGACUCUUUACAGGAAGUAUUUAGGAAGGCUAUGCAAGUCACAUGCAGGGAGGUGUGACUAGAGUUCAUAAACAAAGUGCUCUAACUCCUAGAUGGCAGAGAAUUGAGCAGUGAGAACGCAGGGGCAUGAUCUAUACAUCAAAACUGCUUCAUUAAGCUAAAGUUGUUUUGGUGACUAUAGUGUUCCUUUAAGGUUUUUCUUCUGAAUAACUGGGAACCACUCUUCAAUAUCUUUAUGGUUCCUUCGGUGAUCUAGAUCUUGGUUCUAGAAACUGAUUUUGAUGGCAGAUAAAGGUCAACAUAAUCCAGUGUUUAGCCUGUAAAAGCAGUAUGCAAAUUUUCAUAAUGCGUACUGAGUAAAUGUAUCAGAUUACAGUCUGGCACAUGUGUCAUGGAAAAAGGAUUACAGUCUGUCACAGCUUUGUGAUACCAGCAGAGGAGCUAACACGGGGACAUUUGCAUAAGCUUGCUAUCCUGCUUAUGAGCUCUGGUGCGCGUGAUUCAGUUUUCGUAUCACUUCUCACAAUAAUGAUUCAGUUCUGUUGAGCUAACGUAUAAAUCACAUGGGCUUUAACGAAGCCCAUGUUCUUUCCUAAAGGUGGAAAGGUGUAUACAUUUUUGCAUCACUGGCUCAUUUUUUGCUUAAGGAAAUAUGUCUUGUAUAGAAAAACACAUGCUAUUUCAUACCUCUACUGUGGCCAGCAAUUUUGGAAUUCUAAAUGUUUUUUGGCAUUUGGAGCACUGUUUUAAAGUUUUUUUUGUUUUGUACUUGCAAUGCGGAUAGAUCAAGCAUUUUAUGAGAUGCAUUUUUGUUGGAAAUGCUCCAGGUCUUAACUGAAAUGUUUUCAGUGCAAAAAUUAAACCAAAAUAUGCCGUGAGGGCUUAAGCAGUUAAAUAAGGUUGGCAUACUUUAUCGCCAUAUGAGCUGCUUUUCAAAUUUCUGUAAAACUUCCAUUUUAAAUUAUUGUGUGUCACAAAAAAAGGUUCACAUUUAAAAUAUAUAAUCUACCGCCAAGGUGAAACUUGUAUUUUGUCUUCCAGGGGAUUUGACAUUGGGAACCAUUUCUGUGAAUGGAUGUAUGACUACACCUAUGAGAAAUUUCCCUUCUUCAAGGCCAGCUUUUCAAACUACCCUACAAGAAAGCAGCAGGUAAAUGCACAUAUACCAUAACUUCUUCGGAAUAUAGAACUUUUUCCACGCAAUAACCAUUUGUAGCCCUUAUCAGUUUGUGGUUUUAAAUGUAGAUCCAUUGUGUUGGCUACCUUGUGCUUGUUGCUUGGCUUGAGGUGUAUUUGUCUUACAGAAUUUGCUUGACACACAGUCACUGCCUCAGUGUUUCCUACACUUAAAGAAAAACAUUGAGGACAACGUACAGUGGUACUGUCACUUGCCACUUUGCAGGUUUUGGUUUUUGAAAGUAACCCUUUUUUUUUUGUCCUGCUUCUUGUUGUUUUUCAAAUUUUUAGUUAUAAUACAAAAAUUAAAAAAUUUGAAUAAAUGAGUGUGAUCUUUGUCCAUGGGUGUAGAUUAUUUGAAUUUCCAUUGCAGGUUAGAAGCUAGUUUACCCACUGUUCACUAGUCAAAAUAAUCUCAGGAGAGCACAUCAGGCAUUGUACAGAGAACAAAAUGGAGGCUGUCAGAUUUUCGUCCCUAUUACAAUCACUUGUUGUGCUACUCAAAACACCACCCCCUUUGUCAUAUAUCCACACUUCACAAAACCUCUUCCUGUGUUCAAGGUAUGCAGGAUAGCUAGGCCAUAAGAGAUGUUUAAAGGAACACUAUGGCACUAGGAAUAAAAGAGUAUAUUCCUAACAAUAUAGUGCCUCUUUUCCUAGCACUAUAUUAGAAAUGUGGUCUUUAUUCCCCACCAUUUGCCAUAAAAUGUAAUACAAUUGGCGCUGCUCACCUCUGCCUCCUGCAACAUCUUUGAGGAAGCAUGGCCUCCUCUUUGAUGGUCCAUUCCAGUGCUCCUUAUGGAGCAUCGGGGACAUGAUGCGGCAAGUGCAAUGCCAUUCAUGCAUUCAAGCUUCCCCAUAGGAAAGAAUUGUAUUCAGUGCUUUUCUAUGGACUUCCGUGUCAUGUGACAGUUUUACUCGAUCAGUGCAGCGGAAGCGUCUCUAAUGACUGUCAAUAUGUAACCCUGCAGUGUAAAUAUUGGGAUUUUCAAUAAAAAAAACAAAAACGGCAAUGUUUUACAUGACAGAGUUAAAAGGACAGGGCCACUGCACCCAAACUACUUCAUUGAACUGGUCUAGGUGACUAGUGUUUCUUUAAACAGUUAAAACAUAACAUACAGGGAUAUAAUUUCUAAUUAGUGGGGUAAUAGCUGCUUGAUCUAAGGAGACAUCAGACUGUCAUUUUGGGGUCAAGAAGGAAUUUCUUUUCCUAGUUUGUUGCAAAAUUGAAAGCACUUUCUUUGCAUCAACAAAAAAACAUACGUGAGAGGCUGAACUUGAUGGAUGCAAGUCUCUUUUCAGCUAUGUAAUUACUAUGUAAACACAAACAAACAAAGGCAUGCAUGCCAAUUAGUUGUGCAUACUCUUCAGCUUUACCAAAUUAUGUAGCAUACAAUGUCGUUGUAAUCGUGGAUGUUGAAUGCUUUUAUGCAAGGCAUUGAAGUCUAAUAAUCCCUUUUAUCUACUUACAUUAAACCGUUUACGUGUAAGCUGUGUAUUUGCAAACUGCAGGUUGAUAUUUACAUCAUUUUUUCAGAUUCACUUCAUCUCCAGCUACAUGACAGAGUGUCAGCCAGGGUAUGAAAACCUCAGUAAUGAAGAGAGGAGCAAAAUCGAGAAUGAAAUGCUCACUGAAGUGAACAGGUAAAUACUUUUUGUACCAGACAAAAUACACAUUUUAUUUUUAUUUUUUUGUAGAAAUAAUUUCUCAUAGUAGAAAUAUCUCAUAUCAAACGUGUUUUGUGGAUGCAGUGUGGGUUUGUAUAUUGGCUGCAGUGUGUGUUAGUGCAUGUGUAGUGGAUGCACAGUGUGGGUUUGUGUGUGUAUGUGUGUAUGUAUGUAUAAUAUGUAUAAUAUGUAUAAUAUGUAUAAUAUGUAUAAUAUAUAUAUAUAUAUAUAUAUAUAUAUAUAUAUAUACACACACACACCCUCAAACAUUGACACAGAAUACACACAGACACCCACACUGAUACAAAUACAUACUAACAGACACACAUACUGAAACACAUAGACAUAUAUACAUACACACACAUACAUACUGGUAUACGGACAUACAUGCACACACACACACAUAUGGCAUACAUACAUCUCAUUUCUCACCCACCCUCCUGUUUCUUACCUUUUCAGUGCAGGAGGGUGGCUGUGGCUGAUGGGAGUUAGCUGCCUCUCCCCUCCUUGCAGUCUCAAUUCUGCCUCCUCCUUCCCGCGCAUAGUAAGCUGGGAGGAAUCAACUGGCCCUCACUUUCUCCCAGCAGUAUUUGCGGCUGCUGGCAUUUUUAAAGGGGCCCGGUUGCACUAUUACACGGCCUCAGUGCUGACUGGCCCCUGAAGAUAUAGGGCCCAUCGGGUGGCCCUAAAUGCUUGGGCCACCUGGUGGGCCCUAUCAGCAGUUUUGCCGCUACACAUGGGGUCCGGGUCCCCAGGGCCGCCGGGCCUGUGACAACCAUCAUAGUUGACACCCCCUGAUGGCAGCCCUGGAUUGGUCAAUAAUAUCUUUAAUUGUAAAGUAAUUAUGUUAAACUUGUAACAUAUUCGAUUUUAUUUUAUUCUUUCAAGCAAGUUUUAAUUUCAAAAUGGAAGAUUCAUUUUUAUGUAUAUGAAAUCAGAAAACUUUUUUCUUUGUGAAGGUAUUUAUGAAAUCCGUAAGCAACUCCAAGUUUGCUUAUCGCUUGUAAUCCAUCAUGUCCAGAACUUUAUUCAUGUUGAACUAUUUUCUUGACCAGUGAUGGCUAAUCUUUGCACCCCAGAAGUUUGUAAACUACAUUUUCCAUGAUACUCAGCCAGCAUCAUGGCAAAUAGUUACUUAUCUGGUCCAAAAAUAGGUAUAUGUCGGCAUAUGUAUAUCACACAAUUUGUAUUGAAUCUAAAAUAUUUUUUAUUAAGUAUUUUGAAUUACUAUAGAGUUCCUUCCUCAAGUGAAAGAAGCCCUUAGUUCACUAGUGUAUUGAAUAAACACGUUUAUAUCUACAGUACUGGUGUGAAGGGGCAUAUCUAGAGUGUAAGUUCCAAUGGAAAUAGGGACCUUAACUCCUCCUGCAUUUGUUUGUCAAAUAUUGCAAGUAGCUCUGUUGUAUCCUUUUCUUUUUAAUUGUACCCAUGGACAGCACUGUGGAAUGUGUUGGUGCUUUAUAAAGUAGAUUAUGUAUUACCAAGGCUCAUGUUAUUUGCAGAUUAACCAAUUUAUAUAAUUUAUUGUUCUUCAGAGAGCAUACUGAAUAGUAGGAAAUCAGAUGUUGCAAAAAGACAUAACUUUUACUACAAAUUUAAAGGUCUUAUUCAAUAACUACUUUAAUUAAAUAUGUAUGGGAAAAAUAGUCUUUAAGGCAUACACCAAUAUACAUCUAUUUUUUUUUAUUUUAUUUUUAUAGGUUCGCUCUUGCAUCCCAUUUUUUCUGGGGUCUUUGGUCCAUUGUUCAAGCUAAAAUAUCUUCUAUUGAGUUUGGCUAUAUGGUGAGUACUUGUAUUCGUGUGAAAAUUCAAGUAACUGAGAACAACUUUUCAGAUACUUUCAGGUGGAAACAAAAAAAACUUAGAUGUGUCCUUAGUUGUGGUACACAAUUCUAUCAGAUACUUCUCUGAUGAAACCAAUGUACAGAGACUGUGGAAUGGUUACAGCUUGGACUUGUAAGCACAUAUGGCUCUGGAAGUUACCGACAGCCUACUUAAAGCUUCCAUCUUUUACAAUUCAAAAAAGCUAAUUUUGUCAGCCGUGAGUUUUGAUGUAGGAACAAAUACCAAUGGAUGAGUGGGUAAGCAUCUUGUGUAGGCAACACUGGAUUUAAUGUAUUAAGUGAACAUUGCAGGCAUUAAAAAACAAACAUGUAUAUUCAAAUCUGGCAACUAUACAUGUAUUUGCAUAUUUGUACUUGUAUUGUGUAUGCAGCUGUGAAAAUGCAUGUAGUGUUAAAUAAAAAUGUUAAAAAUGAUUAGUGUAAAUGGAUGGUUAAUGUUAGAAAGGAGUUAAUGUCACAUUACAUAGAGGGUUUAGAGGAUUUAAAGCAUGAGAUGGCUUACAGUUGUGGUAUAAUGGGUGUUUAGAAUGAAUGGGUCUAGGGGUAGAGUGGUAAACUUACUAGUAGAUUACAUGGGGUGUUUACUUAUUAGGCAGAACUAAACCUAGGAUUAAGUUAACGUGGGUUGUUUUAGACUUUGAGUAAGCACUCAGACAUUUGGGACUAAGGAAAGCGUUAAAUUAAAGGAACACUAUAGUCUCCAGAACUACUACAGCUUAUUGAAUUUGUUCUGGUGAGUAGAAUCAUUACCUUCAGUCUUUUUGCUGGAAACACUGUAUUUUCAUGUCAUCAGGCAGUGGGCAGGUCUAAAAGAAACAGUGACAAAGCCAGCAGCUUCAGGCUUGAAUACAAGUAGGAUUUUACUAUUUUUAGGGAGGCAUAUGGGGUUCAGGGUGGCUCCAGAGGGUUGUUUUAACCCUAUAGGGUCAGGAAUACAUGUUUGUGUUCCUGACCCUUUAGUGCUCCUUUAAGACUUGGUGGGGAUAGGGGAUUUGAGGGUAUAGGCAGUGAAGGUUGAAGAGCUAUUUGAAAAGUACUCACCCUGAUAUGAUUUGAAAGUAGAACUGCAGGAACUGUUAUACAGUGUGCAUCACUCGGUGCUUUCCUUCCUCCUUCUGCAUGGCAUUUCCUGUGUGAGAGGCUGUUAGUGGAGAGAUGGGAAAGAGUUCCUCUUUAUGAUUAUUAAUACAUAUGUUUUGCUUAUUCCUUUUCAUUAGGAGUAUGCCACUGCAAGAUUUGAUGCCUAUUUCCAGCAGAAGAGGCGAUUAGGACUGUAAUCCUCUAACUUUUACGUGGGGAAACAAUUGGACAAUCAAACGUCAUUUCAGAUUUUCCGUAGUUACCCAGGAGGAAUUUCAAUAGAUAACUGUGAAAAUGAUGUUCACUGUGUUUACUACUUAGGAAGGACACAUUGUAAGUGAAGUACUUUGGUUUUAGGAAGGUUGAAGGUUUCUUUUCAUUUGUAUACUUUACUCUGAAAGUUGUGAAAACAAAAUUUAAGUGUUAUUGCAAACAUUUGCCAAUUUUGUGACUGUACAUAUUGUAUAAUUGUUUAAUAUGUUGUAAUAUUUCACCCUGUUUCAUGUGAUUAUACUGCCUCUUAAUUCUUACAUUAUAAGGUGGUUGUAACGCUGCAAGUCCCUCAAAAUUCAGUGACUUCACCCACAUUCCUGCAUUAAUUCUACAUGUCAUUGGUAGACGGUCGCCUGUUGCAGUGAACAAGAGCUGGGCAAUUUCAGAGCAUUGAUAAUACUAAUUAACCAUUAAGGCCAAAUCUGGCUAGUCUUGGAUGGGGCAAUCACUUUCUCAAUCAUUUUGAUCUACAUGUAUUCCAUAAUGGAAUAGCAUUUCGCUCUAGCGCCUCUUCAGAACUGUAGUUGGUCAUACCAGUCAGAGACCCAUAUGGGUAUUUGGCCUCAGAUUAAGCUUUCUCUCCAGUUUGUCAUUGCCCUCCAUUUGGGUAGGAGACACUGAAGCUGAAAAGUGGGGGAUUCUGAAACAGGUUUUAUCCAGUCCCUCAAUACGUCUACUAAUAAUGUUACUUGAAGAUUAGUGAAGCACAGUUUGCAAUGUAUUCCAACAUCUACUGAUAACUCCUCUACAUAAACUAUAUUUUGUGAUAUUAAGUGAAUCAGUUUAGAUCUUUACUAUAUGUACAAUUCAGUGUAAUAGCCAGAUUUAGCAUGUUACGCUUGACUGAAUAAUGCAUUAUUUAAAUGCAUUUUUUUUAUCUUAUAAAAAUGAUCCAUUUCUAAACACAUUUCAGACCACGUACAAUGGUGGUUUGGGGCUUUUCCGUGCCUGACUCUGUAUAAUUUACCAGUGAAAGGUGCACAUGCGUGACUAAUUAAAACAGAAAAAUGUUUACCCUUGCAAAUUUACCAAGGUCUCUGCUGUACUACAGCAAUGCCUAGCCAAUGUAAACAUUAUAUACUAGGCCUCAAUUAAUGCUCAUGCAACAAUCCAGUACUGAGCAUCAUGGGAAACCGUCCACAACAUCCGCAGUGCCAAAAGGUAAUUAUCACAUCUCCAGGCAGGUUGUGCUUGCUGUUGUAAACCAGGGCUAUACAAAAAGUAGCUGUGAUUCUUUCUGGCAAGCCAUAACACUAGCUGUGUUUUUUAUAGUUUACAGCUGGAAAUUUCUCCUAAGAUACUUUUAGUGUAAAUAGCACACUAUAUAAAAUCUCCUGUUAUGAGCGUAGAGCACAGUCAUUAUAAACUACAGCCAUACACGUUUUACAUUUAAAAAAGAAGUUGUAAAACACUUCACUGGAAUUCUGCACUUUUAACAUUUUUUUGUAGACACUUUUCUUGUAAAUAAGUCCUCUUUAUAUUGUGAUAUAUGCUUCAUGCAUUUAGUUUUAUUGAAUCAGGUCCUCGCUCACUGUGAAGUUCAGAUUGUAAAGAGGAAGAUAGGGAGACAUGCUUAAAACUAAAAUACUAAAGUAUUUUACAGCUAGCGAUAUGUUGAUAUACUAUGUUGUCCAGGUCUGCUAAACCUCUCACACUAAACACUUACAAGCAAGAGGGAUGAUCACUUGUUCUCCAUCUUCUCUAGAACAUCUUGCAGGAUUAAUGAUAUUUGGGAGGUAAAAGAAACUCCUCUGAGUUUUAUGUGCCUAGUUACAAGGGAGCUGGAUACAGAGUCAUAUUCCAAAAUGCUACUUUUUUUUUUUUUGUGAAUAGCAAGACUGUAAUAUAAAUUAAUUCACCUGAGAAUGUAGGUGAGAAGAGCUGAGCCCUCAUAUGCUAUUUGUAAAAAAAAUUCUAGACAUGCACAUUAGCCACAUUUGUAAAAUGUAUAAAUGUAACGGUUUGCCAUUGACGGCCACUGCCAAGUCAUAACACUUGGACACUAUUGGACCAUAUCUUGUCAUAUGUAAUAUAUUCACACUCGACCAGACAUUCCUGGAAGAUUAGAUGGGAGGGUCGAAUUCGGAGAUGCAGCUAAUCAGCUUUUUUCACAUGUGCUAGUAUAUGGACCAUCAUGUAGUUUCAGUAUUAUAGAAUUAAAUUAGUAUUCAGACAUCACUAAUCAAAAACAAUGUAAUCGUAUUUUGUAAUUUUGUGUUAUUUUUGUUUGGGGUGGGUGUCAGGAUCAAGAGAUUAAAUAUUUUCUUACAGGGUGAUUAACUGACGUAAAUGUAUGUACUUGAAAUGUUUAUGAAAUGCAAGAUUAUUCCUUUUUACGUACAGUUUACUUAUAUUUUACUAUAUAUUUGAACUCUGAGUUUAGUUAUAAUCUAUAAUCAUAGGUAGCACUUGCAUAAUUUUUGGCAGACAUAUGCCUGAUGCCUUUUGGUAACCAAAUCAUGGUUAAUGAACCAUUUAGUAAAUGUUAAAUGAGAAAAAAAAUGAUCUAUGUAAACCUGCAGAUAAAUUUAUGCAAUUCUGGUGCAAUACAUUCACACAUGCAAAGAACAGCUAAAACCCUGAAGCUAUGUUGUUAAAACUGACAUGGUGGCACAGCAUACAAAUUUUUAACCUGUUCCUUGUACAAGCCAAAAUGUUGUAAAUGUAUAGAUACAAAUUAAUUAGUCCUCUUAGUGACAAAGGGAUGAGCGAAAUUCCUUAGUAUUGGAACUCUUGGCACGUCAUCUGUCUGAACAGGUUAAGAUUGAACAACAUGCUUAUAUGAUGUUGAGGGAGGAAGCUUAUGCAUGUUCAUCAGUAAGCAUCUUACUGUACAGGUCAAGAAGUGUAUAUUAACUUAAUUGUAUUAAUGGGGGGGGAAUCACAUUUUGUUUGAAGCCUAAAUAUUUUUUUUUUCUUGUGAAACUGUACAAUAUUUUACUCUAAUGGAGGAAAUACUUUUGUUAUAUUAGGAUUCAUUUACCCAGGCAUCUCAAAUCUCACCCCCCAAAUAUAUUGCUGAAUUACAGCUCCCAUGAUUCUUUGGCCAUUUAUUUCAUUCAUUGAAUUCUCGGAGUUGUAGACCAUCAACAUGUGGGUUACCAGAGUUUAAAUUCCCUUCAUUAAUCCCUUUCAUAAUGUACUAAUUAUUUUGGGGUAAGUCAAAUUGACAAGUGCUUUCAUUUAUUAACUUCAAAUAAUACUAUGUAAGACUAGAUGCACAUAUGUGUAGAUCUUCUUUUACAGAUGUUAUGUAUGAAUUUAUUUUUUUUAUUUUUUAAUGCUCUUGGUUGAUAUAUCAUGUAAUGUAAAACCAAACAUGGCACCUUUUUUCCUUUACAUGAAAUGUAAACUUGUAUUUUUAUAUUAAAAGUAAUAAACACAA